UUUAUAACAGACAAAACCAGAUUAUCACUCUUUGGAAGGGCAAAUAUUUGUUCAAAAACUUCUAUAUGGGACAGACAACUUCUUCUCAUUUUUAAACACAGCUGAUUGAGAAAAGUAACAGAGGAGCUACCUAACAGAGAAAAAAAAGAGCUCAUUACUGGAUGUCAACAUGAAAAACGGAAUUUACCUACUCCUCUUAAGUGAAAUAUGUGUUGAAUUCAUCAAGGCUGGCAUCAAACCUAACAUUUCAAAGGAGGAAAAAGACAAUAAUUUCUUGGAAAGAAGUAAAAAUGUCAGUAUUUCUGAAGAGUGGUAUCCUCACAAAAAUAUCUCUAAGCCAUCUGAAGACCAAGGUCUUGAAGACUUCACUCUUUACAACUUCACUGAAAAGACUGCAAAUUUUGGAUUUAACCUCUACAGAAAAAUUGCAAUGACACAUGAUAACAAUGUGAUCAUCUCUCCCCUUUCUGUAUCAGCUCUCAUGACUGUUUAUAUGCUGGCAGCCAAAGGGGAAACAUACAGACAAAUAGUAAAAGGUCUAAACCUCCAUGCUUUGAAGGACAGCAUGGAUCACCAACAUUUACCAGCUUUGUUUAAACAACUGACAGAUAAACUCACAAUGAAUCAAGAACUUCUCCUCAUGCAAGGUACUCUUUCUUUUAUCCAAAAGGACUUCAGACUCAAGGAGUCUUUCCUGAAUUUAUCUAAGCAGUACUUUGAUAUGGAAUUCCUGAGAGUGGACUUUGAAAACUUUACUCAGGCAAAACUUCUCAUAAAUCAAAACAUUUACAAGAGGACCAAAGGAAAAAUCCCAGAUCUUUUUGAAGAGCUUGACCGCCAUAAUAAAUUGCUACUUGUGGACUACAUUGUCUUUAAAGGCAAGUGGGUCUAUCCAUUUAAUUCCAAAUUCACAGAAAUGGAGACUUUCCACAUAAAUAAAUACAGAAGUGUACAGGUACCCAUGAUGUUCAAGUCAGAUAAAAUUAAUUCAACUUUUGAUGAGAACUUAAGAUGCACUGUGAUAAAGAUACCUUACAGAGGGAAUGCCCACAUGCUGAUUGUUAUCCCAGAAAAAGGGGGAGACUACAUUUCACUUGAAGACCAUUUGUCUACAGAGCUUGUGGAAUCCUGGCUUGGAAACAUGAAAAUCAGAACAGUGGAUAUUUCAGUUCCAAAGUUCAAACUACAGCAAAAAUACAAGAUGAAAAAAUUGCUUCAUGCUCUUGGAAUUAAAAAUCUCUUUACACGUACAGCAGAUCUUAGUCAUCUCACAGAUCAAGAAUAUGCAGCAGUUUCACAGGUUGUCCAAAAGGCAGUAAUUGAAGUGGAUGAAGAAGGAACUGAGGCCGCAGCAGGCAGUGGGUCAGAAAUAAUUGCAUUCACGGUGCCUCCUGUCAUCAAAGUGGACCGACCGUUCCUUUUUAUGAUUUUUGAAGAAACUUUUAAAACAUUACUGUUCAUUGGCAGGGUGGUUGAUCCAACAAAAAUGUGAAUAAAGGUAACAGUGUCUAUUCUUUGGUACGUAAGAGGCAUUACUUUUAUCUUAUUAAUUUCUAUUAGAAUAAAAAGACAUUGAAAUAUGAAAUGUGAAAACCUGUUUUGUCUCUCCAGCUAGCAGCAGGUCAUCCUAGUAAUUAUUAAUGCCAAGUAACAAGCUAAAUUCACUAAGUCUCAAAGUGGCAAAAAUGUGACUUUUAAAAUCUAUCUGAAAUUAAAAAAAAAAAACAAACCAAAACCACAGAACUGAACUCUCAAAAAUCAGUAUUUUAGUGAUGUCUGAAUAAAACCCCAGAUUCAUAUGCCAAAAUAUUCUCAAACACUGCAGUUUCUUCAAUGUUAUCCUCUGUUGCAGAGACUUAAGAGCCUAGUGACUUCAAUGUUAGCAUACUUUUGCCACUUACAAAAACAGAAGCAAUAUCAAGCCCUAAUACAGAAUUUAUAGCCUCUCUCUAGAGAUCUUUAUAACUGAAGAAAUGGCACUGAGUCUAUCAUGAAGUCUACUACAUUGUCUGUGAGUGUGACCUCUUAAAGUGUUUAUGCAGAGUAUUAAAUCACCUCAUUCUCUCAGAGUACAUGAUGUGCCUGCUUUGAAAAUAUUCCCUGUAUUAAAAACAAAAUAAUUCAGAAAAAUAACAGAUAUUCUGAAUGUGGAAAAUCUGGCAUGUACUAUUUCAUAACACCAAGCUGGGCCUCUCCUAAAACCAGAAUUUCUG